GUAUCUGCUGUCUCUCUUUUAGGAAUAGUAGUAUUUGUUGUAUUUUCAAAAAUAUAUAUGGUUUUGUGAGAUUUCCGCCACCCUACUCACGCCGCCAUCUUGAGCCGGAAACCCACACUGUCACCUUUUCUUCAGUGGUAUUUCACGUAAUGCAUCAACCACUGUCAUUUUUGCUGGUGUUGAAGCCGGUCCUUGGGAACUGGAUGCAUGGCCGCCUUCGCCAACCAACGCCGCCUGCUGCCCACGCCCACCCACGUCGCCUCUCGCCUCUGACUCAGCUGCCCACCUGCAGACAGCAGCCUCGGAUGUCCCUCAGCGCCCGCCCUACCCAGACACCGACUGUCCCGGCAGCGCUAGCGGCUGAAGCUCCCCGCUCGCCAGCCAAGCCUCAGACACCAAGGCAGCCGGACCCCGAGGUCGCCACCCGCUUCCGGUACCCACCACUUCCUCCCUCCGCCAAGACGCAGCCACCCGCCUGUACCCGCCCGCCAAGACCUCCCGCUGACGCCGCCGUCGCUCGCCAAAGCCCUGCGCCCUCCAACACCAAAGCUGGCCGGGAUACCAAACACCAUUCCAUGCUGCCUCCAGCCGCUCCAGCCCCGCCCUCUGCCGAAGCGCAGACGCCUGCAGCCACCCGCCCCAGAGCCCACCUCCCGCCUGUCCCCGACCGCAGAUUCCUCCUGCUGACACCCGCCCCGGCCUCCUGCCGACACCGCUGCCCGCCAAUGCCUUCUCCCGCUGACAGGGCCUUCGCUGCCUCCACCAAAGCCAACCGACGCCCAGUGCCUGCUACCUCAGGCUCCUGCCACCGCCAACAGGGGCCCCUUUGCCAGGGACCCGGCUCCCUCAUUCCCACACACGCUUCCAGCCUUACAGUAGACUCAGCUCAUAGGUCUCUUCACCCCAUUCACAGGGACUCUGCCCUGGCCUCCUCUGCCCUUCCCAGAAGCACAUCCCACAAGCCCAGCUCAGAAGAGCUGGGAAAGGAGGUCCUGCCAGGAGGGAAGAGGGAGAGGACAGGCCCAACAAACUGAGGCUGACAGAGCGGCUGAUGCCUACACUGUUCUCAAGACAACCAGUAAGAUGACCAGGAACUGUGCCCCAAACAAGAGUCAUACUCAGGCCAAAGAGCAAGCCCACCUUGCAAGGAAAGAAGACAGGAUGAGGCGGCCAAGGGAAUUUUCUCAGCCUUGACUGUCAGCCUUGAUGUUCGCUCUCUGGUGUUGUGAAGCCAACGGAGUGUGGCUAAUGUCUGUGUCUUCGAACAAUCACCUUGUUUGCUCCUGACUGCUAAGUCUUGGCCUUGUCUGGCAAGGUGUUCUCAUGGCCAGGAGCUUGGGUGGUCUACAGAGCAGCCCUGUGGGGUAUGGUCCUAGCCCUGGAAUAGGGUCCUGGGCUGGGCCUGUCUGGAUGUCUGGACAGCCUGGAGGUUCAGCUGGAAGAUCCCAGUCAGAAGGAAGGAAGGAAGGAAGGAAGGGAGGAAGGGAGGAAGAAGGGAGGAAGGGAGGAAGGGAGGAAGGAAGGAAAGGAAGGAAAGGAAGGAAGGAAGGAAGGAAGGAACUGGGCUGGGACUUGCCUGACCUCAGUGGUGAAGAGUACCUAUACUUGAUUAAUAGUGUCUGCCAUGGGCUCUGUGUGGGAUGGGGUGGCACAUCUGCUGUAUAUUUUCAGCUACACAUGAGCCACUGAAUCUGUUUGGCAUCAAGACACCAUAUGGCUUGAGGCCUCGUUUGCAGAAUCUCCUGGAAAUUGUUGGAUCCUGACUCAGGGGGCUCCCAGGGUCUCCUGCCUGACCCUAUACAUGUACACAGGUGCAUAAAUGCUGUUGGGAAGCCAUUAUGAAUUCUAUUUCAUCUAAUAGCCUGGUCAGGAAAUGGAAAGGUAUAUUACAGAUCAUUAAGUGGGUAAAGGAAUUUGACAACCUUUGAUCUGAGGAAAAUAGAUGCCCUGAAUUAAUUCACUGGCUUCUGGGAAAAGAAAAGUCAUCCUUCAAUAGUGAUAGGCAGGGAGCUCACCCCUGGGGGCUGGCCCCAGGAGGGCAGGCAGCAGCUCUCUUGGGAGCCAGGGCUUGGAUGCAGGGGGGCCGGCAGGUGAUCUGAGGGCUGCAGCCUCUGGGCUGCCCGCUCCCCACUGCUCCAGUCCAAAGCACAGGCAUGUCCCUCACUGUAACAUUCCAGGACAGGACCCUGGCUCCCAGGCACUGUCUACUGAGGCAGGGGAUAGACAGGGACAAUGCCUGCAGUAGGCACUGCUGUAUGACUGGCCUGUGCAUAGUGCUCAGGUACCACCACAGUCUGUCAGGGUCUCUAGGCCUGACCCAUGGGGGAGGCCAGGAACAGGAGCCCAGGGAAGGAGUGUCAUUGCAGGAUCACAGAUCCAACAUCCAGUCAUAGACAUUUCCCCUUAGAUGUCCAGUGGGCACCAAAUCCUAUUCCCCAACAUGCCCCCUGCAGCACCCCACCUCAGCUGAGGGCAGCUCCGUCCUUCCAGCUUCUUAAGUUUCAAGCCCUGGUCUCUCCCUGGGCACCUCAUCUUGUCCCUCACAUCCCAUCUUCCAACAGGUUCUGUGGCCUGUAUCUUCCAAAUACACCUAGAAUCGGACCUCUGCUCACUUCCCUGUCCAGCCUGCUGGAGUCCCUCUUGUUCUUUCUCAAAUCCUGCUCCAGCCUCUGCCUGCUCCUCCAUGCCCACCAGUCCUACAGCCCAUCCUCUCCUAGGAGCCAGUGUUGGAGACGUGUAGUGGCUUCCCCUCCUUCCCAUGGCAACUUCUUUGGCCUCACUCUGCUCCCCUUUGAGCUCCCUCUCCUCUGGCCCCUUGCUCAUCUCUAUCCCAUCAGGCCACUGCCAGCCAGGGCCUUGGCUCUGGUGUCCCCUCUGUCUGGCACCUCACUGAUGCUGUCCUUGGUGAAUUCUUCAGCCCUUCAGGCAGGAUACCUGGGUGUUUUGUCACUGCUAUGUCCCAGUGCCCAGAACCAGACCUGACACGUGGUGAGCCCUCAAUUGAUACCUGUCGAGUGAAUGAAGAAGCUUGUGCAGGCUGAGCAGGCCCAGGGGCAAGCAUGAGCCCACAGGCUACCAGGGGCCAUGCCCUCAGCACUGGGAAAAUCCCCCAGUGCAGAUGAGAAGCAGCCAUGGAAGCAGGAACUUCUGGGGAGGCAAGUAUGGGGCAUGGGCCCAGGGGAAAAGAUACCCUGGCAGAAUCCUUCCCACAGGUUGAGGGAUGUUAGGUGACCAGGACAAGAGGAGGCCUCCAUUCUGACAGCACAGCUGGUAUCCAGGCUGGAAGGCAUGAGGUGUCCAGGCCUGAUAGGCCACUGCAUGGGUGCAAUGUGGCCAACCAAGGCAGAGAGCAGGUGGGGACUACUCAUAGGGGUACCAGCCCAGCAUCAGCUCUUGAAAGGCAAUAGAGAAUUUUAAUGGGGGCGGACAUGACAUCAUUAUUACAUUUAGGAAGUUAAACUGGCAGUGACUGCAGGAGAGAUUGGAGAGGAGAUGAAAUGCAGGUAGAACAGUGAGGAGGCAGGCAGGAAGUGAGAAAUAGAAAGCAGGUGAGCAGGAGUGGGGGAGUAUGUGAGCAAUUUCUUAGAGAGUUCCCAGCUUCAGCACUCAGACUUAGGCAUGUUCCUUUAUCUUUCCUGUCCUCAACCUCCCCACCUGUAAAAUGGGUUAACAAUGAUACUCUCUCAAGGGCAGACUGAGGUUAGAUGAGGCAGGUGUGUAGGGUAUCUGCCCCAGGCUUCCCUGGUCCCCAGAAGAAGUGAAGACCACGCAGCAUCUCUGAGCCACCACUUCCACUCAAUGCUCAUGUUCUCUGCCUGCUGAUAGCUCAGUGGGGCAAAGCCAUGAUGCCUAAUGAGACCUUUCUCGGAAAACACCCAGUGCUCAGCUGAAACUCCCCCUCUCUAUGUAAGGCCACUGGAUCCAUUAGGUUUGAGUGCACUAUCAUAUUGCUGGAGUGAUUGUUCCGCAAAUAGGAUUACUUCCUCCAGUUAUCAUCUAAAGAGACAGGCCCUGGGAUAUGGGCGAGAGGUGCCAAGAGCCCAGAGCCAAAUCAAAUCAGGGACCUGGCUCUUCGGAGAUGGGCCUGGCACAGGGUCCGCUGAGGCAGAAGAGAGAUCAGAGGGUAAGCAAGGGUCAGUAGAGGGCUGUACAGAGGAGUGAGGAAGGUGGGUUGGCCUUUUUGCAGAGGCAGGUACUGGUCGGUUAACCAGAGAGGCAAGGGACCCAGCACGUCCUAACAAAGGUUCUGAUGCUGCGGGAGGGGUGGGGAAGAGCCUGGUUGGCUAGAGGGGCAGCUGAGGCAAUAGAAUGGGGGACUCCAGGCAAGCGAGGGGUCCAGGUGAGGGAGAAACCCUGGAGAGGGUGUGCUCUUGAGGUGGGCAGCAGGGCGAACUUGGAUUGGAUGUAGGAGUGAGGAACAGUGGUGGGGGACUCACAGGGAUGUUAUCCUGACUAGCAGAGAUGGGCCAGUUCAGGCAGGGAAGAGAUCUGGGAAGUAUCCUGGCCCACUUCUGGCCCCUGGGUACCAGACUCUGUAGGCAUCCAAGGGGAUGCAGAUUUGUGGUUGCCCUGAGUCUGGAGUUGAGGAGAGGUGGGGCUAGGGGAGAGGUGGGGCUGAGGAGACCAGGGACUAAGAAUAAGCAGGGCCCAGGAGAGGUGGGGCCCAGGGUGAAGCGGGGAGGAGGAGAGGAAGGGCCAGAGGAGAGACAGAGCUGGGGAUGGGUGCGGCUCAGGAGAACAGAAGAUGGGUGGGGUCCAGGGAGAGGUGGGGCUGAGGAUGGGUGGGAUCAUGGAGAGGAGGGCCCAGGGUGUGUCUCUGAAUCACCAGCUGGAGGGGACAGUGGACUUGGAGGGGCUGAAAGAGACCACAGGAGAGGGACGAGGAUCUAUUAAUGGUGCCCUACAUCUGCAAAUCAGGUUGAGGAGGGAGAACUCUUCUGAGGAGCAGGCACAGUAGAACUUGUCUCCAGGUAGAGGGCCUGGCUGCUGCAAGCUCUGGGCCACCAGCAAAGGCAGGCCUAGUGGUUCCUUUGCACAGCUACACACAGCUUGUCCCUCCUCUGCCUUGAGUUCGGAUCCCAGGGGUUUCCAGGACAUAAGUCGCUCUGCCCCCUCUGACUUCCACCAGGUCAGGAGGGCACCCUGCAUCCUCAUGUCAGACCAAAUCAUGCUGAACCAUCUCAUUUGUCUCUGUUCCCCCACAGCACUCAGCAGGUAGUAGACACUCUGAAUGUUUGUUCCAUUAAAUUGAAUAAACCAGGGCAUUUUAUUAUCUCGUUCCUGUUCAGAAGUGAGCUUGCCUCCACUUACAUCUGGACCCAUCAUUCAACGUGCUUACUUCACAGAGCUGAGUCACAAAUAUGCCAGAUUAGGAUCCGGUCAAUACCUGUUUUAUUGUUCUUCUACACCAGUACAGCAGCACAUGAUCAAUUGCCCUCCUGGCUGCUGCUAAGAAGUGCUCUCAGCUCAGUCAGAGGAGCCCUCAGGCCCUGGAGCUUGAGGACCCAGGUCCCCUCGCCUCCCAACUCCAGAAGCUCUGCCCUCUGCCAUUCUGCCCCCAACUCUGUGAUGACACUUGGAAGGGAGUGGAGGUAAAUGUUUAACACUUGUGGUAGAUAACACAUGUUAUUCCCUGGUGUCUGAUCCAGGGACUGGUCUGGGAAGAGGUGGCUCUGGUUCAGGUGGAGGACCCUGGGGUGGCUGAUGCCCCUCAGCUACCCCUUCUUGGCUUCCUGAGUGAGAGCUACUUAUUCUCACAUGUCACCCAUCAUGACUGGACCCCGACUCCUGAGCUCACCAUCCCAAAACAGCCCAGCUCCUGGCCUCCUGUGGUCCUCGCUGUGCACAGGGACCUUGCCUUUCUCAUGGCUGCCCUAUGGCGAGUGUCACCUGGCCUGGACCUGUUAGAGGAGAGCCCCCUGCCCUGGCACGGUGGGCAGAAACAUGGCAGGGUGGGAAUCCAGGGUGGCUAGAAUAUUAGAGUGAGGCCCCAUAUCCCAUUUCCCUGAGGACUAGCCCUUGGGUUCAAAGCCACAGGAGCCAGGCAAUGUCCACAAACACCUAUGUGAAGACGCAGCUGCUCUGUUUCACAUUCUCAGCUUCACUACCCGCCCUCCUGGCUCCUGGUUGGACAGAGUGCAUGCCCCUGUCCUGGUGCUCAAGCCCAGACUCCAUGCCCUGGGACCCUCAGGGCAGGCUUAGGCUGUGACUGGUAGAGGGGCUUCUAUUGCCCCCUCCCCUCAUUGCAU